AUACAGUAACUAAUAAUAACAAGGCUUAUGCUCAUGCAACAUGCUAUGCUAUAUUAUCUUUGGAAAAUAAUUCAGUUAAGCUAGAUAAUAAGUAUAUGGAAAACAAGAUGGCAGAAUUUAUGGGUGGAUAUUCAAGUAAAAGUGAUAAUUCUAAUGAAGAUUGA